UGCUGCGUGUACACACGUGCUGAGUGUACACACGUGCUGCGUGUACACACGCAUGCGGGACAGUAGACAGCUCUAGUCUAAGAGGAUGGAGAGUAUUGGAAUAGCGGUUCGAUGUUGUGUGUUCCGCGUAGGCUCAAGCCAAUAUUUGGACGCCGCCACUGUCGUCCUCAACUAGGCUUGUGACGGGAAAAGAUGGUGCAUCUCGACGGCGAACCUCCACCUCGAGUGUCGAUGCAGUUCUCCUCGGUGUGUUGAAAUGUGUCAAUGACGCACCCAACAGUAGUGGAGCAAUGCGUACCUCCACGCCUGUUGUACGAUGCCGCCAAGCAGGAGACUGGCAGCGGCAAUAAGAGUCCCAAUUGGACGCGAUGCGUGUUGUUCGACCCAAUAAUGUUACAUGCGAGCUGGCCAGCUUCUUCGCUGAUGCUGCUCAGGGUCGAUGUGCCUUCAAGCGUGGGGUGCUUGGUGUUCUGCGGCCGGUUCGAUUAUGAGGUAGACCAGGCGAUAUGGCCAUCUAGACCGAAGGCACCAAGUUUCGGUGAGGAAUUCAACAGGCCCAUCCACGACACUUCGUGGCCAGCGUCGUUGCAGCAGCUGAGCUUUAGGGCAGACUUCAAUCAAAAAAUCAACGGGUCAUUUUUAUUUUCCCGCCAUCGCUGAUUUGAACAGAGCAUCUUCGGGAAGCGCUUCAACGAACUGAACUGCAAAGUCUUGUGGCCGGCGUGAAUACAGCGCAUCACUUUUUAGAGAGGAAUUCAACCAGCCCAUCCACGAGCUUUGGUGGCCAGAGUCGCUCGAAUAUCUUACGUUCGAAGGUGCAUUCGACCAGUCGAUCAACGAGGUCGCGUGGCCAGCAUCGCUUCACCACCUGGCCUUCGGGGGCGAUGAAGUCGUUUCUUGGAUGUGUGGAUUCAAUCAACAGUUACGCCGUGAUUCGUGGCCAGCGUCGUUUCAGCAUCUCACGUCCGGGGUGACCUUCCAUCAGCCUGUCACACGCCUUUUAUGCCAGAUUCACUGCAGGAGCUGACACUUUAGGGUGAAUUCGACCACCAGAUCGACGACGUCGUGUAUACAGUAACGCUGAAGCAUCUGACCUUGGGAGGGAACGAAGUCUUUUGACCGACAAGGUCGCGUGGCCAGCUUCACUGAAGCAGCUGGCCUUUGGAGGGAACG